AUGCAAAAAUCUGAAACAAUAAAUGAUAUGAACGCAGUAUAUCUCGCUCAUCAUGCUGUAAUACGGGAAGAGAAAGACACAACAAAGGUUCGUGUGGUGUUUGAUGCUUCGGCGAAAGGGUCUGGAGACUUUUUUUUAAACGAUACCAUGAUGGUGGGACCCGUACUGCAACAGGACCUGCGAAGUUUAAUUACAACGUGGCGGACACACAAAGUUUGUGUGAUAAGUGAUAUCGAGAAAAUGUAUCGAAUGAUUAAACUAACAGAUGAACACACUAAAUUACAACGAAUACUAUGGCGGGAUAGUCCUGAUAAAAAUCUGGAAAGCUAUGACUUAACAACUGUUACCUUCGGUACGGCAGCAGCUCCUUACCUCGCAGUAAGAACUUUAAACCAAGUAGCUGAUGACGAAGCAGAAGAAUAUCCAGAUACUGUAGUUGAAAUAAAAGGGUCAUUUUACGUUGAUGAUUACAUGUCAGGAAGUGAUAAUAUAGAGAAAACUAAGAAGCUAUGUAAUGAUAUUAAAACUGUACUAAAAAAGGGAGGAUUUAAAAUGCAAAAAUGGUCUAGUCUUACGUGGGAUAGAAAGGAUGAUACAUUUAAAGUAACAGUAAACUUACCUGAAUUAACGUAUCCUAUAACAAAAAGGUCCAUUCUUUCUGACGUUGCUCGUCUUUUCGACCCUUUUGGCUGGCUAUCUCCUUUAGUAAUCGUAGCAAAAAUUCUAAUUCAAAAACUCUGGCUUUGCAACCUCGGGUGGGAUGAUGAACUACCUGUUGAAUUAGUGGAAGAAUGGAAGAGUUACAGAGAUGACUUACCUGAAUUGAAGACUAUAGAAAUACUACGAUGGUUCCACACAAGCUCUGGCACUAAGGAAAUUCAAAUCCAUGGCUUCGCAGAUGCUUCAGUGACGUCUUAUGCUGCAGUCACUUACCUAAGGGUCUUUGACGAAAAAAAUAAUGUCCACAUCACAUUGAUUGCAUCUCGUACAAGAGUAGCUCCUUUAAAACAACUCACUAUACCAAAACUUGAGCUGUGUGCAGCGGCAUUAUUAUCUGAGCUUAUAGAGGAAAUAUCUGGUUUGCUUAAGAUUCCCAUUGAGCAAAUUUUUGCUUACACAGAUUCGAUGGUGGUUUUGUCGUGGCUUCAGUCGCAACCACAUCGUUGGCGCACUUUUGUUGGCAAUAGAGUGGCUGAUGUAUUAAGAGUUUUAGAUAACAGUAGAUGGAGCCACAUUAAGUCAGAGGAAAAUCCUGCAGAUAUUGCUACAAGAGGUGUUAAGGCUAGUGAUCUAAGGGAUACCAAAUUGUGGUGGAAUGGGCCAGAGUGGCUAAAUCACAGAUAUAUAGAACGGUCAAAGGGUGAAAUUCCUGGAACUGAUUUAGAAAGGAAAAGUUUUAACAUACAUUUACCUGAAGAAAAAACACCAAUAUGGGAGAAAUUUUCUAGUAUAUCUAAAAUGAAGAGAGUAUUGUCAUAUUGCAGAAGAUUUUUAAAGGCAAAGAAUAAAGGAAACAUUGAGAAACAUUUAACGAUCAAUGAAAUGGAACUAAUUUUAGAGAAUUUAAUUAUUAUAAUUAAAUAUUAUCAAAGGAAGGUAUAUGAAAAAAAGAUAGAGGACAUUAAUAAAGAUGGAAAGGUAAAGAAAGGAAGUUCCCUUGUAACACUUUCUCCUUUUUUGGAUAAGAAUGAGAUGAUAAGAGUCGGGGGACGAUUGCAAAAUGCAAACAUUGCUGAAUCAUCAAGACAUCCAAUUAUAAUACCACCAAAGGUUCAUGUUGCAAAACUAUUAGUCAAAGAGGCGCACAUUAAGACUCUCCACGGUGGUAUUCAGUUGAUGAUGGCAUAUAUUAGAAGUAAGUACUGGAUUAUUAACUUAAAAAAUGAAAUUAAAAAAUGUAUAAGAACGUGUAAAGUUUGUAUAGUUGACAAGGCAAAAAUCUCAACGCAGGAAAUGGGACAACUUCCUUACGUAAGAGUUAAUGAGCAUCGAGCCUUCCUAAACACGGGGGUUGACUAUGCUGGCCCUAUAUACAUUAGAACAUCCAAGGGACGGGGUCACCAUGCAACAAAGGCAUAUAUCUGUUUGUUUGUUUGCAUGGCGACUCGCGCUAUUCAUUUAGAAGCAGUAUCUGAUCUCACAGCACAAGCUUUCAUUGCAUCAUUUCGCAGAUUUGUGGCUAGGAGAGGACCUUGUCUACAUUUAUGGAGUGACAAUGGUACUAACUUUAUCGGUGCUGCCAAAGAGCUUAAAACACUUUUCAUAAAGGGCAAGGCCAACAUCACAGAGGAAAUUGCAGAACUGUUGGCCAAUGAUGGGACGACGUGGCAUUUUAUCCCUCCGAGAAUGCCAAAUUAUGGUGGUCUGUGGGAGGCAGGUAUACAAUCAGUCAAGAGACACUUAGUACGAGUGAAUAAAUCUACAAAAUUGACCUAUGAAGAGAUGGCCACACUAUUAGCGCAGAUAGAAGCGUGCUUAAAUUCGCGUCCGUUAUGUCAACUUGAUGAUACCGUCGAAACGCUAUAUCCACUUACACCAGGACACUUUCUCAUAGGAGAACCCUUAAUCACUGUGCCCGAUAUAAAUUAUGAACUGAGAAACAUUAACCUACUCAGCAGAAGGCAGAUGAUACAAAGGAUGACCCAAGAUUUUUGGCGACGAUGGAGAAUCGCACUACAGGCCCGAGAAAAGUCAGAGUGCGUCCAGACCCUCAUCACCAGUCAAUCUAUGGAUAGAUCCUGCCGGCCCGUUAAAAUUACGCUAGUCGAAGAAACAAUGGAGCAACUAGAUAAUCAGUACUACACUCUUAUCUUCCCACGCCCAACGAAGGUUGAACGUGUUCACUACACACUGACGAAUGACAUCGCUAAUAUUCAAAAUAAACUCAAAGGACAGCCGCUGAAAAUAACCGAAAUUCCAGAACAUUAUACAACUACAAAGAACAUUACAAUCCCUCACCUGAAACUGAAAAAUAUAAAUACACCGGGGCUACGCAGCAUUGAAGACAGGGUCCUGAAUGAGCAACCUACAAAUUAG